CGCGUUUUCGCAAGUUCCGUCGGCAAUGGCAGAAUCGACGAGAAAUCUGAUUGGUCUCGGAGGAGAAGCAGCGAAAGAAGAAGAAGAAGAAGAUAAUGAUGACUACAUGGGAGACCUAUCUCAGUUUAUUCCCCCUGAACUUACCCAGGCUUCUAAAAGAAAGGAAUCUGAUAAGAAACCUGUAAUAGUUGAACCAUCUCGGAAGAAGUUAAAAAAUCUGAAUUGGUACGAGAGACGAAGAUUAGAGAAAGAGAGGAAACAAAUGGAAGAGGAUGAACAGACAUUGGCUCGUAUUGUGGACACUCCAAUUGGAGAGUCUAACAUAGGGUUUCAGCUAUUGAAGCAAAUGGGUUACAAGCCAGGUUCAGCUCUUGGUAAAGAAGGGUCAGGUAGGGCUGAGCCAGUGACCAUGGAUAUCCGAAGAUCAAGGGCCGGAGUAGGCAGAGAAGAUCCACACAAGGAGAAGAAGAAAAAAGAGGAGAUUGAGGUGGAGUUUCAGAAGAGAAAGGUUGAUGAAAUGUUGGAGGAUUUCGGGUCUAGACAGAAGUCUCAAUGGCGUAAUAAAAGAGUUGUGAUUAACUUUAGGAAGGCUAAGGCGGCUCUUGAUCAACUUGAGAAUGUAGAAGUUGUUCCCGAGAAGAAAACCGAGGAAGAUGAGGAUGGUAAGCCUGCUGAAGAAGAGGAUGAAGAGGACGUGAUCACUGAAGAGGAUUUGCAAGAGAUAUUAAUGAAAUUGAGAGAUGAACAUCGGUAUUGCACAUUUUGCGGGUUCCAGUAUGAAACGACUGAAGCUCUUCUAUCUUAUUGUCCUGGCGUGAAUGAGGACGAUCACUAGAUAAGUCAGAGUAGUAUGGAAGCGUACAAACACAAUUCAGUUCUGGAGAAGCUCAAGUGAGGUGGAUAAUUCCCUGAUGUGGCUGAAGAGGCAAGAUACAGAAGAGAAGAAAGACUGUAUCUGCAGUUGAAUAAGCAAGAAGGUGAAGAGUUACACACUCAAAAGGAUUUUUGAAGGACUUGCUAAUUCCCAGAUCACUAAUGCUUUGAUAGAUAGUAGGAUGAUAAAAGCAUGUGGAACUCUGAUUUAUCUAUUGAUGAUGAUGUUGAAGUUUCAGUUUGAUAUCCAAAUAAUAUAAACCUGUCUUUUUGUUGCA